GAGACACAAUAUCGACAAAAAUCUCCGAGAAGGAUGUAAUUGUGACGCAUCAGCGUUCCCCUGGAGUGUUUAAAGGCGAGAGGGAGCGGUUAACUGGCAUACCAAACACAGCACAAGUGCGUUAGCUUACCAAAGUUUUCUAUCAGGCUCGAGGAAUAAUUUGUUCGAUCAAAAUAUACGGUCGCUCGAUCGCCAAGAAGCCGAUACAAGAUAACAAGAACGAAAGUGUAAACUAUAAUACUUACUGAGGUAGGAGAGGGUAGUAAGGUUAAGAUCAAAAAAGGGGAAAGCAGAUGCAGAGUUGUAAAAUUGAAAGGACUUGCUUCAGUAAAAUUGACCCCCUAAGGCGUUUGUGGACAUCAAAGACUGCGGAGCUCAUGUUCGAAAAUAGUUUCUCAAAUAGUUUUUUUUUAUCUCUUCUUCAUAACCCAUAUUGCAAACUCACAAUAAGAAAGAUGAGCUUUCGAGUUGGCGACCACUCUUAUGAAUUUUAAGAGGUGAGCCGGAUUUGUAAACGUUUGAGGCCAUGUUUCAUUGUUUUCCUUGGUUCUAGAAAUCUAAUUUGGUUUGUUAAAAUCUGAUUUGUGUCGUCUAAGCCACCUAAAAAGAAAACCUAAGACUCAUUCCACUUAAAGCCCGUGAAACAGAUCAAUCCGGUCCACGAGAUACCCAGGGAAUCUAUAUUUAAGACGCGCUAACACUAGCUUCUAUAGUCGAAAUCUUGGAGAACUGACCACUCAUAUCCGACGUCGGAUCAAAUUUCAGUCUUAGAGGGGGGGAUUUUUAAGCUUGUAACAAUUUUUCAACCAUGUGUGCUUUACUUAUUUCAUUUCUUGUUUUUUCAGCUCCUACUACUGAUCCUAAGCAGCGCACAGUUUCCUUUAGAUCGCCUUAAACUCAAGCUAACUCAGAAGAUCUUCAUACGUGGUACAGUGUAUUCACUUAAACUCACAGUUGUCUGGCAGAAUUCAAAUUUCAGCGGUAACACGAUGGCUAUCUACAGCAGCAACAAUAAUCACAAUGAAACGAGCCUCGUCGACGAGAUGCCUGUUCCUGCCUGUCACUGCAUCCCCUGGCUUGUCGUUUUCGGCAUUCUAAGUCUGGCCAUAGUCAGCCUUAAUCUCCUCACCAUUAUUAUUUUUGUGAAGCUGCCCCAGCUACAGCGCCGAAGUAUAUACGUCAUCCAUUUAGCAAUAGUGGAUCUCCUACUAGGAAUGGUAGUGGGACCUCUGCUCAUUCUUAAUAACGGAGAUGGGUUUUGUCAUCUGUGGGAGUUAAGAUCUAAACCUCUUUGGUUACUUAAACUAAGAAUAGUUGCAAGCCAUGUGUUUUACCAAGUCUCUCUUCUUAACCUCGCUGUAAUUUCAUUAGAACGACUACAUGCAACAGUUCGUCCUUUGAAGCAUCGUUUAAUCAAGAAACAGGUUUACGGAAUGGUUAUCACUUUCACUUGGUUGGUACCUUUAGCCGUGAACACCUUGGAAAUAGAAUUAGUCUCCUUUUCUGACAAUCACGUCCCUCCACAUCUAAUUCGUUGUUUAUACUUUUUAAUCCUUCUUUCUGUAAUGUGCAUAUGUUAUAUUUCAAUUUAUAUCAAAGUUCGUUGUAGUCGUCAUCCUCAACACCAUGGUGCAACCGGUCUGAGGGAAAGAAAACUGACAAGUACAUUAUUUCUGGUCACCCUUGGAUCAUUGUUGACUUACUUACCAAAGGUGAUCUUCUGGGCUGUGUUUAAUAUUCCGGGGCUAAUUCAUAGUCUUCCCAACGAGAUAACCUUUAAUAUUGCUAUGGUAAUGCUGACAUUUAUGACAUUCAACUCGCUCAUAAAUCCUAUAAUUUACGCCAUACGGAUGCCAGAAUUCAUAGCAGGCAUAAAACAGAUGAUAUUUCGUAAGACUCCAAACCGCUUAACCCCGGUCGAUUUCCCCCUGUAAGACAGUUUAUUGGUUGGUAAUCUUAGGAGAAUUGCCCUAACCGAAGAAACGAAGUGAUAAUUAGUUUUAGUAUGAUUAUCAUUACAACCAUCUUUAUAAAUGAUAUCACUAUCAUUGACUUUUUAUCAAGCCCAGUUAUCUUGCAAAAAUAAGAUGGCUGUAGAAAAGAAUUAAGGUUUAGUCACCCUUCCCGUACCGUUGUCCAUAAAAGUCAGUUAUUAGAUGAGUAUUCAUGUUAAAUCAAAUGUUAUAAGGAGGUUGAAAGGUAAUCCUGUCUAAUAGGUUAGGUACGUAAGCAAGUAAGUAAGUAAA